ACGGUUCCAUGUUACUACUAUGCUUCUCCAAGAGGACAUAGUAGAUGGGCUGAUGCUGGUGGAGCGAAACUUCCCCACAAAGGACGAGUUCGUGACCAUCACGGAGUUCUGCACAUCCAAAACGUGUUACCAGAUGACGCUGGUUACUUUUUCUGCACAGCUCAUAAUCGACACGGAAAAGCGCACACACAAGUGGAACUAGUGGUUGUUGAUAAAGCGCAGGUACAGGUGACUUCUGGGAGCUCAGCAGUACCAGAGAAUGCCGUAAACAUCUCGUGUUCCGUAGCAGUGGACUGUGGAACAUCAUCGGAAUGUCCGGAAGCGUUCUUCAAAUGGACAUUCGAUAACCAUUCGUUGGAGUCUUUACCAAAGCUGCAUGUCAAGACCAAGUUCCGUGAACAGAUGCGCCAUUCAAGCCAUGGACGUCGACUAGUACAGAAAGUUGAUCUUCAGGUUUGCCAAGCAAAAAUGCAUGUGUCUGACGUCUAA